GAAGUAUGAAUAACUGGGGACUGUUUUUACUGCAAAGCAUCACCGAGCCGAGCGGAGUCUGUCGCGCCACACCAGCUACCAUUGUUUCCCCAUGGACUAAGUUCGAUUCCGAAUACUACACAACCAAGCCUUAAUCUACCACUACCUGUUAUAUCUGUGAUGGAGACCUUAGACACUACAUCUGCGCUCCAGUCAAGGCUGUCCUCUCUGUCCGUGUCGUCUUUCCCUGGGAUCACCUCGAACCAAGGCGAGGAUCGACCAAUAGAGAGUCUCCAGAAUACAGAUCUUUCACAGAGUUCGGGCAAUUCUGUUAGCGAUUCCAAUAUGGAUGGCCCUUCUGACGCAACGGAUUCCAAAGACAGCAUUGAUAGCAGUCAUGAGAGUAUUCCAGCUGAACAACUGGAGGGUGAGGCUGAAGAGAGCUGUCCCUCUGGGACCUCCGAGCUCUCCAGUGAGAUGAAAGCCCCGUUACCCACACUGGACCCUGCGGCCACCUGGACCUCCGUCACCAUCAAGGAGUUGAAGGCCACGCUGCGGACGGAGAAGGACGGCGUGGUGACGGUGUACCGCGGGGACAUCAUGACGGUGCACGUGCCCACCGUCCCCGAGAGCAAGCGCGUGUGCUGGGAGUUCGCCACGGACGGCUACGACAUCGGCUUCGGCGUAUACUUCGACUUCACGCCGGUCACCACGCGCAACAUCACGGUGCACAUCAGCGAGUCGAGCGACGACGAGGACGAAGAGGAGGAGGUGGAAGGCCCGGUCAGCAGUGGAGAUGUGGAAAAGGGUUCCAAAAUACUGAACAGCUCGAACUUGGGGGAGAUCCUACCGGUCUACCGGCAGGACAGCCACCUGUUGGUGCACGGUGGCAGUCAUGAGUUCCCAGGGGAAGGCACUUACCAGCUAAAGUUCGAUAACUCCUACUCACUGUGGCGAAACAAAACGCUUUACUAUAGAGUAUAUUACAGUGCCUGAAAAUCCAGCUGGUUGUUUUCUAAGAAUGUUUGGUUUGAGGGAAAAACAGAAAAAGCUAUUAUUCCCAAGAACAAUCAACUAUUUUUCGAUUCUACCCUUGUUAAAGUAAUAAUCAACUAUAGGCACAUCUAUUUUUAUCGUUAUCUACACGUGCUGUCAUAUGGCUACAUGCAGAGUUUAUAAGACCGGAUCAUUUCAAAUGCUAAAUUUGCUCCAAUGGCUGAAAAGCCUUGCAAAAGUGGUGUGUCCCUUAUACACGCACCAUGCAAUCAAGAGUAUACAUCAAAAGGUGCAUAUUAUCUCGAGACAACAGAUAUCUAUGGUAGCAUCAGUCAGGGAAGAGGUGUAAGACACUUGCGUGGUGGGGCCAGGUGCUUCAAAAUAGCUCAAAGUAUACGGGAGAUCAUUUUUGUUUGUGUAUAGGUGCACCAUCUUUAUUUCCAGCCGGCUUCGUCCACACCGUCACACUUGUUCUCGUGUCAAGACGGAAUAUAGUUGUGUUGUUGUUUUUUUUUACUUCCAUGUAACCCAAUCAUGUGCUUGUUCAACAUGUAAUGUUGUUUAAAUAGUGUGUGGCUUGAGCCAGGUGUGUGUGUGUGUGUGUGUGUGUGUGUGUGUGUGUGUGUGUGUGUGUGUGUGUGUGUGUGUGUGUGUGUGUGUGUGUGUGUGUGUGUGUGUGUGUGUGUGUGUGUGUGUGUGUGUGUGUGUGUGUGUGUGUUUCAUAGUCGUGUCCCUGCAGGAGUGGAAGCUCCAAGUCUGUUAGGCUAGUGAAUGUAAAGUAGCAAGUUCAAUUAGUCAUCCAAAGUGGUUAACAGUCUGGUUUUAUGAUUAAAAUAAAAAGCCAUCCCUUAUCUCAAAAAGCUCUCCUCAUAUAGAUUCAAUAUUUAUAUUUGACCUGUUCACGUUUGGCUUGUGUGUUUUGAGGUAGGGAGCUCAUGUGAGAGCAAAACACAGGAGAGUUGUUAUUCCAUAGAGACCAUAUGCGGCUUUUCAGGCACAGGUCUAUGUAAAUUCUGGUGGCUACAGGUUGGUUUUAGCGCAGACGCUUUGUAUUAGGAAUACAGGAUAAGAACAACCUGCCGUCUCCUUCUAUGUCAAUGUGUUCUUUACAUCCAUGGUUUUACCUCACGCAGUUGUGCUGUGCAUGCAUGUUUCCAAAGAUAUAAUGGGGUUUGCUGCUGCUGAAGUAUACAACUGAAUGCGAUUAAAUUAAAUCUUCCUGCGUUUGCUUUACUGUAUUUUAUUUCAGAAAGUUGUAUUCUAUAAUAAAGAUGGAAAAUUGUGUGUAUGAUA